AAGAAGCGGCUCAUCUACCGGUCGAAGCAGCGCGGCUGGCUCGAGGUGGACCUGCUCCUCGGGACCUGGGCCGUCGAGAACGUCGACGGGCUGACGUCGGCGGAGUGCGACGAGUACGAGGACAUCCUCAACUGCGAGACCAUCGACAUCUUCAACUUCAUCACGGGCAAGGACCCCGUGCCGCCGCGCCUCGACACGGCCAUGAUGAAGCGGCUCCAGGACUACUGCGACUCGACGCCGCUCGGC